AUGGCCGUGACCGACUUCCUUGCUGCUGCUGACAUUACCUCGGCCAUCAACGCUUGCCAAGCGAAAGAUACGUUCAGUCCCAGGGCCUUUUUUAACGCUGUGGGGCUGUCCAAGAAGUCGCCCCCAGAGAUAGAGAAGGUGUUUCGGAUCCUGGACCAGGAUAAGAGUGGCUUUAUUGAGCAAGAUGAGCUGCAACUCUUCCUCCAGAACUUCUCCAAAGGAGCCAGGACCCUGACGGCAGCCGAGACCCGAGCCUUCAUGCAGGCCGGAGACAUGGAUGGGGAUGGCAAGAUUGGCUGGGAAGAGUUUUCAGCCCUCGUGCACUCGUCAUGCUGAUGAUGACAGCCUGGCCAGGUCUGCCGUCUCAGCAUUCCAAGCUCACCAACUGGAAGUGUUUUAUUUAGAUCAAUGCCCAUUUUGUCCCGUCUUGUCUUGGCAAGAGUCAUUUCACUUGUAAGGUGUCAUUCCUAGUAUUCAGUAAUAAUGACUACUUUGUCUUUGCGGAAUCAUUUGCUUGUAAGAUGUCAUUGCGAUUUA